AUGCUAAGGCUUGGUUAUUUUUUUGUGUGGGUCCUUAUUAUCCUGAAUGUACAAGGAUUCGCGGAGAGUUCGCAGGACAGUGCGAGUGCGAUGAUGGAUCUGAUUUCCGAGACCAAUUCUAAGUUGGAAAGGAUCCACGGCGAGCAGCAGUCCAUCCAGAUGAAACUCCUGGCAGUUCAGUCGACGGUGGAGGCCCAAAGGAUCACAGUGCAGAACUCUUUGAAGGACGUCAUCACAAAAGAAGAGCUCGGGGCGACUCUCAAUGAGACCCAAAGACAACUUAUGGCGGAGAAUGCAGAAUUCAAGAACCUUCUUCACCUGCUGCGCACAAAAAUAGAUGAGCAGGAAACCAAGCUGGAUGCCCUUUUGGAAUCGAAAGAGGACUUCGUGGCGAGAUUCAACGAUACGGCAGCUCAAUUGCAGACGAUACUCAGCAUAGUGGCCAAAAAAGAAUACAAUCCUGUGGAAGCCCCAUCGACCAACUAUUCGAAGCCCAUCCCCGAGCAGUUCGAGAAAAUUGGCACAAGGUAUUUCUAUAUUGAGAGGAAUCUUAAGAAAAAUUGGUUUGAAGCCGCAGCCACUUGCCACCAGAUGGGCGGCUAUUUAGCGGGCAUUAAAAGCGAAGAGGAAUUGCUCACGAUCAAAACCGAACUGAAAGAGGGUUCUUGGUACUGGCUUGGCAUCAACGAUCUGAUGACCGCCGGUCAAUUCUUAUCAGUUGCCUCUGGAAAGCCAGCUGAAAUCUUGGCGUGGAGGUCCGAUAGUCCGAAUAACGAGAGGAGUGACGAUAUCGCCAAUUGGCCCCGAAAACAUUCCUCAAUCCUGCGGCCACUUGCUACUUAUCCGGGCCAAUUAUCUCUGGGAGAAAAACCGAUUGGCCGGCUCAUCGAAGACUGGAGUGCGGACUACCGGGCUAUGGGACUAUUGGAGUAUCAGACUAUCGGACUACCGGACUAA